GAAUGCGCUCUGGCUACCAAGCUGCAGUGCCUUCUCUCUCCCUCUCUCGCUCUCUAUUGCUCCACUGAAUUUAAGAAACAGAAAGCUAAACUGAUGUUUAAAGUUUCGUUUCUCAUCCAAGCUGACUCCCCUCUAUACUGCCCUCCCUCUAGCUCUCUGGAUGUGCUGUACCAGAGUGCAGUGCUGGUAACUGCUUUAUUGUGAUUGAGUGUACAUAUACAUACUGAGGCAAAAACAUAAGAACAGAACUUGCAGAGUACACAAAGAGGGAGCCGCAAUUAUAUUGUCUCCAGGCAUGAACUCGCCAGCAGCUUACUCAGGAGCUAGAAUAUCUGGCUGUUGGACUCUAAGAUCUGACGGCAGUGGAGGUGGUGAGGGAUCAUUGGACCGGCUUCUCCCCUCGGUAAGCACGGGCCUGUCACCGAGGAAAAGGACAACUAGCCAGUGUAAAUCUGAGCCCCCUCUCCUACGCACCUCCAAAAGAACCAUCUACACCGCUGGACGCCCACCCUGGUACAACGAACAUGGAACACAGUCCAAAGAGGCCUUUGUCAUUGGUCUGUGCGGUGGCAGCGCCUCAGGAAAGACAACCGUAGCCAGGAAAAUCAUCGAAGAUCUAGAUGUUCCGUGGGUUGUGCUACUCUCAAUGGACUCUUUUUACAAGGUCCUGUCACCAGAACAGCAGACUCUGGCUGCCAGUAACGACUACAACUUUGACCACCCUGAUGCCUUUGACUUUGAUUUGCUGACACACACCGUGCGCAAACUCAAGCAGGGCAAGAGCGUGAAAAUCCCUGUGUAUGACUUCACAACUCAUGGGAGACAGAAGGAGUGGAAAACCGUAUAUGGAGCCAGUGUUAUCAUCUUUGAGGGAAUCAUGGCCUUUGCAGAUAAAGAACUCUUGCAGUUGCUGGACAUGAAGAUUUUUGUGGACACGGACUCUGACAUCCGGUUGGUGCGCCGCUUGAGGAGGGACAUUUCGGAAAGGGGACGAGACAUUGAGGGUGUCAUCAAACAAUACAACAAAUUUGUCAAGCCAGCGUUUGAGCAGUACAUUGAGCCCACCAUGCGCCUGGCUGAUAUUGUGGUGCCACGAGGUGGUGGCAACAUGGUGGCCAUUGAUUUGAUCGUGCAGCAUGUCCACAGUCAGCUGGAGGAGAGGAAACUUCGCUGGGAUAUGGCAGCCCUGGCAUCUGCACACCAAGCCCAACCCCUCCCCCAGACCCUCAGUGUUCUGGAAAGUACACCCCAGGUCAGGGGUAUGCACACCAUCAUCAGAAAUAAGGAGACCAGUCGCGACGAGUUCAUUUUCUACUCCAAGAGGUUGAUGCGUCUGUUGAUUGAGCGAGCGCUCUCCUUCCUCCCCUCACAGGUCCACACAGUCCAGACCCCCCAAGGAGAGGAUUAUGAAGGCAGGACUUUCCACGGGAAGAGGAUCACAGGUGUGUCAAUCUUGCGAGCCGGGGAAACCAUGGAGCCGGCUCUGAGGGCCGUCUGCAAAGACGUCCGCAUUGGCAAAAUCCUCAUCCAGACCAACCAGGACACGGGAGAACCAGAGCUUCAUUACCUACGUCUGCCGAAAGACAUCAGCGAAGACCAUGUGAUUCUGAUGGACUGUACUGUUUCCACGGGGGCCGCUGCGAUGAUGGCUGUGCGAGUCCUGCUGGACCAUGAUGUUCAGGAGGACAAGAUCCUGCUGGUGUCUUUGCUCAUGGCUGAAAUGGGGGUCCACUCAGUGGCCUACGCAUUUCCACAAGUCAAAAUCAUCACCACUGCUGUCGACAAGAAGGUCAAUGAUCUCUUCCACAUCAUACCUGGCAUAGGAAACUUUGGGGAUCGAUACUUUGGAACAGAUGCACCCCCCGACUGGAGCGACGAAGAGAUGGAUGAGCCCAGUUACUGAUGAAAUUACUGGCAGUGCACUAACUUAUUGGGUGAUUCAGGGCAGUGCCCCUUUGAGGACAAUUUGAGGACAUAGUCUGCUUCCGCCAGACCGUAACAUUUGUCCUUCAAGGGCCAAAAAAAAAGAGUGCCCUGAAAAAUAAACUGAACAGGAAAAACAUUGCUAAUGAACUGUCACUUUGUUAAAAUUUUAAAUUAUAUUAUUUGACCUGUAAAUACGGUUGUGAAAAGUGGUGUUAUGAAGUCUGAAAGUAUUUUUAUAUGUUCACUAAGUUAUAAAGUCCAAAUGUUUUAUUUUGGUUUUUAAAUUGUGACAAUCUCUGUAUCAGAAUCUGCAAACGUGUUGUUUUGAAAAGAUAUAUCUAGCCUUAAGCCGUGUACUGUGGACGACACAACUGAAUGUAAAUUUGCACGUGCUGUAAAAAAAAAAAAAAAAAAAAAAAAAUCCCGCUUUUAAUGUUAUUUUUAU